AUUUUUAUUUGUUUUUGGGAUUUUCCAGGAUCCCGGAGCCGGCGAUGGAUCCGUGGGGGGAGGGGGAAGAGGAGGAGCCCGAGGUGAUUUUUGGGGAUGAGGAGGAGGAGGAAGAUCCCAGCGGGAUCCAGGGAACCCCAGAGUCGAACCCGACCCUUCCGGACGCCGCCGAAAUCGUGGAAUUGGACCCCGAGCCCCUGCCGCUCCCGAACCCCGACUGUCCCGAGCGCGAAACGCUGCGCUGGACCGUGGUCCAGCAGAUCGACCCCGGAACGUCGGGAAGAAACGGGAAAAAAACCCCCAAAAGCGCCAAAUCGCCGAAUUUCGCCAACUUCAAGAGCAUCAUCGUGCUCCAAAAAAGCUACGAGUGCUCGGAAUGCGGGAAGAGCUUCAGCUGCAGCUCCCAUUUCUCCAAACACCGCCGGACGCACACCGGGGAAAAACCCUUCCGGUGCUCGCAUUGCGGCAAAAGCUUCAACGUCUCUUCCAACCUUUACCGGCACCAGCGCGGCCACGGCGGGGCGGAUUCGGCGCCGGAUUCGGCGCCGCGAGGUCUCCCCUACAAGUGCCAGGAGUGCGGGAAGAGUUUUCGGCGGAAUAAAGAGCUGGCGACGCACCAGCGGCUGCACACCGGGGAUUUGCCGUUCCGGUGCGGCGACUGCGGGAAGAGUUUCUCGUGGAGCUCCCAUUGGUUGCGGCAUCAACGGAUUCACACCGGCGAGAAACCCUACGAGUGCCCGGAGUGCGGGAAGAGUUUUUCCAGGAGUUCGCACCUUUACCGGCACCAGCGCGGCCACGCCGGGGGCCGCUCGUACAUCUGCACCUACUGCGGGCGGAGUUUCGGCAGCAUCCUCCAUUUCGAGCGGCACCAGGGCACCCACACCGGCGUCAGGCCCUACAAGUGCUCGCUGUGCCGGAAGAGUUUCGGCGACGCGCCGGCGUUGGUGAAGCACCAGCGGAUCCACCUGGGCGAGGGCCCGUUCCGCUGCGAGGAGUGCGGGAAAGGUUUCGGCGCCCGCUCGCAGUACGCGCGGCACCGGCGGAGUUUCCACGGCGGGGGGGGGGGGGAGAGAAAGCCGUACCGGUGCGGGGAUUGCGGGAAGAGCUUCUCGUGGAGCUCCCACUGGGAGAGGCACCAGAGGAUCCACACCGGCGAGAAGCCCUACGAGUGCCCCGAGUGCGGGAAGAGUUUCGGCAGGACGUCGCAUCUCUACCGGCACCAGCGGACGCACGCCGGCGGGCGGCCCCACGUCUGCGGCGAGUGCGGGAAGAGUUUCAAUUCCACGCUCCACUUCCAGAAGCAUCAGCGGGCGCACGGAGCCGGGGCCAGGAAAAGCUGCGGAGAGUGCGGGAAAUCCUUCUCGGAUCCGUCGGCGUUGGCCAAGCAUCAACGGAUUCAUGAGGAAGUCCAAAAAAGUGGGAAGCCCUUGGUUGAGUCACAAAAAAUUGGAAAAUUUUCCGUUGAAUCCCAAAAGUCCUUCGCUGAGUCCCAAAAAAAUGGGAAAUCCUCCGCUGAGUCCCAAAAAAUCUGCUCUGAGUGUGGGAAAUCCUUCUCGGAUCCGUCGGCGUUGGCCAAGCAUCAAAGGAUUCAUGAGGAGACUCAAAAAAGUGGGAAAACCGCCGCUGAGUCCCAAAAAAAUGGGAAAUCCUCCACUGAAUCCCAAAAAUCCUUCGUUGAAUCCCAAACAAAUGGGAUAUCCUUUGUUGAGUCCCAAAAAAUUGGGAAAUCCCCCGUUGAGUCCCAAAAAAAUGGGAAAUCCUUCGUCGAUUCGCCAACGUUGGCCAAAAACCAACGGAUCGACGAGGAAUCCCAAAAAAGCUGCUCCGAGUGCGGGAAAACCUUUGGAGGCCCUUCAGCGUUGGCCAAGCAUCAACGGAUCCAUGAGGAGUCGCAAAAAAGUGGGAAAUCCUCCAUUGAGUCCCAAAAAAAUGGGAAAUCCACCAUUGAGUCCCAAAAAAAUGGGAAAUCCUCUGUAGAAUCCCAAAAAAAUGGAAAAUCUUCCAUCGAAUCCCAAAAAUGCUUCGAUGAGUCCCAAAAAAAUGGGAAAUCUUCCGUCGAAUCCCAAAAAUCCUUCUAUGAGUCCCAAAAAAAUGGGAAAUUCACGGAGAGGAGGAAAUGCCGGAGGGGUGAAAGAAAAUUCGGGAAUUUUUAUNCCGAGUGCUCCAAGGGCUUCAUCCAAAAAUCCGACCUCACCAUCCACCGCCGGAUGCACACCGGCGAGAAACCCUACAAGUGCCGCGAGUGCGGCAAGUGCUUCAGCGUCUCCUCCAACCUCCUGACGCACCAGCGGACGCACCUGGGCGAGAAACCCUUCCAGUGCUCCGAGUGCGGCAAGAGCUUCAUCCAGCGCUCCGAGCUCACCAUCCACCGGCGCGUGCACACCGGCGAGAAGCCCUACAAGUGCCAGGAGUGCGGCAAAUGCUUCAGCCGCAGCUCCCACCUCAACCGGCACCAGCGCACCCACGCCGGCGACAAGGCCACUCGCGCCGGUGCCGGCGCCGCCUCUUCGCCCUCCUCGUCCUCGGCGGCGUUGGCGGCGUCCGGAGGUUUGGCUUUCCCGGCGUUUCCGGGCUCCUCGGCGGUGCCGGCGGCGUUGGAGCUGCCCUGGGCGUUGGCGUUGCCGGGUCGGGCGUUCCCGGGUUUUCCGGCGGGGUCGGUGGGUAAUUGUGCCGGCGCCGGGAGCGGCCCCGAGGACGAUCCAACCCCUCCGACCACCCAAGACCCGCCACCGGCUCAACCCCAAACCCAUCCCGACCCUCCGGCGACGGCAAAGAACCGAAAACCCUCCGGCACCUGCUCGGAGUGCGGCAAAAGCCCGGCCAAACCCCGGCAGAUCGGAAGAGCGUCGUCCCCCGCGGCCUCGCCGAAAUGCCUGGACUGCGGGAAAAGCCGGGGGCUGUGCCAGGACUGCGGGCGGGAGGCGGGAGCGGCGUCGCCGGAGAAGCCGUACAAGUGCCAGGAGUGCGGGAAGAGCUUCGGGCAGCGCUCGGCGCUGGUGAAACACCGGCGCAUCCACACCGGCGAGAAACCCUACAAGUGCCCCGAGUGCUCCAAGGGCUUCAUCCAAAAAUCCGACCUCACCAUCCACCGCCGGAUGCACACCGGCGAGAAACCCUACAAGUGCCGCGAGUGCGGCAAGUGCUUCAGCGUCUCCUCCAACCUCCUGACGCACCAGCGGACGCACCUGGGCGAGAAACCCUUCCAGU